AUGCCUGUGAUGGCCCAGCGAAAGCUGGUGGUCCAGAGAUGGGCCAGUACUGAAGCAGCGCCAGUGACACCAACUGAAGACUUAAAGACAGAGAAUUACCUGAGGAGCCAGAAGGCGCUUAAUAUCAGAAACCAGGUGGAAGAGGUGGUCAACGAGGCUAAGGCUCUGGACUUGUCUGAAGCGAUCAAUAUCCUUGAAGAGGCAGUGACAUACCUUCGAGACGUGCAAGGUGAAGAGAAAAUCACGAACAGGGGGUUUUACGGCUUGUUCCAGCGUCCGUUGGCGACGUUGACGGAAAAGGUACUCACUGAAGGUGCUGGCUUGGGCGGAAGAACGCCAGAACAGGUGUUGGACUUGUUCAUUGACCUUAAGGUCGCCCAUAAGGCCCAUUUUUUCUUCUUUGCGUUGAAUGAGUUGAAGAAGGGCGGCCUGGAUAUGUACGCCAACGUGCUUCGGGUGUGGCUCAGGUUCCUUGAGUACUCCAAGGCUAUGGAGACGUUUGAUGCUAACGUGCACUUGUCGUAUGAGUUUCCUUUCCUUCUGGAGAAGGGAUACAGGUUCCUGCUGCUCCAGCAGUUUGCCUACUUGGCGUUUAUGAUGCAGUGUCACAACGAGGGCGUGAAACCUUCGCUUGACUCGAUCUCCAAGCUUCUCCAGCUGCAAGACCCUACCCAGCUCCCGUACAUUAAAGCUGUGCGUAGUGCCUUUGCUUACCACGGCGUGAGAGAGUUUAAUGACGAUUUGCGGACGUUCUGGACCAUGGACGAGGGCUUGAGAGCUGAAAACGCAGACAUCAACAGUGAGUAUACCCAGAAAGAGAUCAAGAAGGCGCUCAGUCGGUCGCAUAUCAGAAUGCUUUCUAGUUUUUACGAAUCGCUUAAAGAGCGUGCAGUGACAAAGAACGAAAGCAUCAACGAAGAAACCUUGGUCAGUUUCAUGCUGGGAUUCAACCAAUUGAACGAUUUCGAAACGUCUUUCAAGAUUUUUGGUAGCAUGCAAGAACAAGGCGUUCGUCCAACGCAACUGGGCUACGCUGCUUUAUUCAAGACUAUUGGACAUCCAGAUAGAAUUCUCCUGUUGACAGAGAAGGAGCGUGCAGAGGUUGGAAAAACAGCAGAAAUCACUUUACAGAGUAUGCUUGUGUCUGGCGUGAAAAUGAACCAGGACGUUUUGUCUUGUGUGAUUUCCUGUUUUGCCAAUGCUGGCCAGUCUGAGCGUGUGGACCAGUUAACCAAGGAAUAUGAAAAAUUGGGCCUCAACACUGACGCCAAAAACAGUAUCUUGAUUGGUCUUCUUUUGAACAGAAAGGUGCAUUUGGCUGAAAAGAAGUUUAAGGAGUUCUUGGCCAAGGACCCGUCCUACGUUCCAAACACUUACACCAUGAACUCCUUCUUUUCUUCCUACACCAGACUCAAGAAGUUCGAGGAGGCCGAGAAGGUGCUUCUGUUCAUGAGAGAAAAGGGCAUUCCUGAAGACUUCGCUACCAUCACCACCGCCAUCGACUACUACUUCAAACUCAUGACUUCUCGUGGCCAAGUGCCUGACAUUGUGCUGAUCAUGAACGACUUGAAACAAGAGCACUUUAGGUUCACUGACGCCUCGAUCAACUCCAUUCUUUACACUUUGACAUCUACUGGUGUCAACUUAGAGGCUGCCAGAGCCGUGCACAAGUACUUUAUUGAGCAAACGCCAAAGAACCGUUUCUCAAAGGUCAUUUCCACGACCAUGAUCGAUGCCGAAUUGAAGUACGGUUCGAUCUACAACGCCGAGGCUCUUUUCAAGUUCCACGUUGAUAACAUGACCAACGAUACAAGAAUGUGGAACCAGUUCAUUCGUCGUGCUUUAGAAAAGGACGAUGCCAUUGCAUUGAAAUACUAUAAGAAGUUGAAGCAGCAAGACACCGCUGGAGCACAGAGGAACUACUUCACGUUCUACUUUAUGUUCACGCAUUACAUGAGAACGAAGCAGAACGAUAAGCUCCAGUGGUUGCUUGACGAGCUUGCCAAGGCCAAUUUGAGCGAUUAUGGUACUCGUUUGCCAGAGAUUGUGGAUAAAUUGAAGACUUCGUGCAAGGUGGACCCAGCUUUGGCUGCCAAACUUAAAAACUAA